UAAUCUGACUACAUUGUAUCCCGUGUAUCUGUGUUUGUUUAGUUGUUUGUUAUUGUCCAGUAGUAAUAAUAACCCCAUCACAUUAAAUACAGAAGACUUCUAGCACCGGAUUUGUCAAUGCUUUCAAAAACUGUAAUAUGUCUGGUGAUUAAAUUGUUAAUUAUAAUUCCGAUUAUCAAAUUGUCUGUGUCAGAAGUCUGUGGAGUCAAUUUCACUACAUCUCAACCGCAACAAGUUCUGUAUGUCCGAGAGAGUAUGACGGCUGUAUGCAGAUGCAUAACGUUUUCCCACAGGUAUGCCUUAGGAUUUAAGAUAAUUCCUACUGGCCUGCUGCCAUCUCUUUGUAACACAUAUCCAGUGCAUUUCAUUAUUGAAAUAUCAGACUUGGCUCUCACCUACGACGCGUUUCUUGAGUUUCUCAGGUUCUCCGGACCCAACCCAGUAUCGCCAAUCGGAGCCACUCUUGGAGUGAGUGGGCCAAUCAGCGCAAGCUUUUGAUGAAUAUUCAUAAGUACCCAGUUCAAACCUUUGAGGCGAGUUUCUGUAGAUUCACAGCAUCAUGCUUAGACUUUUCUCGGAGACAAACUGAAUUUUCUUAUGAAUGGAUAGUGAAAAAAUCAGAUCACCUUAUAUUUGGACCCAUCCUUUACUGAGAUCAUAGAGGAAAAUAAAAAGGAAAGGAGGGGAUCAACUUGAAGAGAUGACAAUGACCACAGUGCCAGAAGGUCUUAAUAGCCCUGUCUCAGGAAAGACCGUUUUUAUGGAAUUUGGGCCGUCAAGUCAGCAAAUGUCGCCGUCCUCUUUAUCUCAUGGACACUACUCCAUGCACUGUUUACAUUCUGCCGGACAUUCUCAACACGAAAACUCGUACAGCACAGCCUCACCUUUCCCUAGAUCUCUGGGUUAUCCUUAUGUUAAUUCAGUUGGGAGUCAUUCUUCAAGCCCUUAUAUCAGUACCGUACAGUCCUAUCAACACAACACGGCAUUAACGCAGACACGUUUAGACGACACAGGACCAGAUGCAGAAAAAAACACAGUGGUGGAAGGAGGUGAGGUACGGUUCAAUGGAAAAGGGAAAAAGAUCCGCAAACCCAGAACUAUAUAUUCCAGUUUACAGCUACAAGCUCUGAACAGACGAUUUCAACAGACACAAUACUUAGCAUUGCCAGAGAGAGCGGAACUCGCAGCUUCGUUGGGACUGACGCAAACGCAGGUAAAAAUUUGGUUUCAAAACAAACGAUCGAAGUUCAAGAAGUUAAUGAAACAAGGCGGGGGUACCAUUGACACAAACUCCCUAGCCAAUGGCCGAGGACUCUCCACCGGUUCUCCAUCCAUGACACCAGUAUGGAAUGCUUCGUCUACUAUGAAAACGACGGCGGCCACCCCGACUUCUUACAUUCCUGGUUACACAUGGUAUCCUACUGCUCAAGACACUAUGCAGCAGCCGCAGCUGAUGUGAUCACGAACCGUGAACACCACCCCGCCCCCCGCGGAGCCGUGGAUUGUCCAAAUCAGGGGAGCUCGGGCCGACAGCGGCCCUGCACCCUGGGCCGUCGGAAGCCAAACACAGAUGUAAUGCGGAGCUUGUUUCCAGUGGUGACUGAUUAUUGUUUAAGCUUAAUAACGCAGACAGUAAAGUCAGAGAACGGACUGAAGAAAUCUUGCCAAUGGAACUGUCCAUGAAAAACAUUAAUAAGUUGUAGUGAAACACUUACAUUAAAGCUGCUGUUUUCUGACCUUAGAUAAACAUUACAUUUCAGGCCUACCUAAACAGUGAAGGCGCAGUUUAACCAGGGAAAAUAAUCGUUUUGGUACAUGGUUUUCAACGAAAACUUAAAGUAAAACAAUAGGCCUAGAUUAAUUAAAGGUGUUGAUCAGCUGGUCUGUGUCAUUAGUAAACCUGGAAAUAUCUGGAAUAAUACAAAGCCAACGCUUCGGUAUUACUCACAAUUCCGGAUUCUGUUAAAUUCGAUGACUUACGAAUUUCUCAGCCUUCUUGAACGCAAAGGCGAACAUUAACAGGAAUAUACAUCCAUUGGUUGUUGGUAAAAUCUGUCUCUGUUUUUGUCUGUAGAUAUUUUAAAUUAUUUUAAAUGAAAUGCCUUGAGUCUUUGUAUGUUUGUAUUAUUUAUAAUAAAGCGUGAAUGUGUUGCUGAGUUGAAACAGUC